UGCCCAUGUGCGCAUGCGCGUCGUCGUCGCGGCCGGGAAUUGGCUCUCCUCCGUCGUCAGCGGCUGCUGCUGCCGCCGCUGCUGGUGGCGCGGCGCUCUGGGGACGCCGGCGUCGUGUUUUUGGCAUAUGCUUGGCGGCGCCUGAGCUCCGUCCGCUGCGCCCCGGGCCUCCCUGUGCCGCCGCCGCCCGCCCGCCCCGCCGGGGAUGCUGAGCAAAGGGGCGCUGCAGCGCGUGCUCUCCGCCGUCAACAGGAGGAGGAGGAUGAAGCUGCUCAUGGGGCUCGCCCUGGUCGCCUACGUCGCCUCUGUAUGGGGCAAUGUGCUCAACAUGAGUUUUCCUUAUGGUUUUCUUCCUAACAGGUCUAUCCAGGAUAAUAGUGAUCAGAAAGUAGAAAAUAAGAUUGAAGAGGUUGUCGCGCCUUUAAGAGAGAAGAUCCGAGAACUGGAGAAAAGUUUUACUCAGAAGUACCCGCCAGUGAAGUUCCUAUCCGAAAAGGAUCGUAAAAGAAUUUUGAUAACUGGAGGAGCAGGGUUUGUGGGUUCUCAUCUUACUGACAAACUAAUGAUGGAUGGCCAUGAAGUUACAGUUGUGGACAACUUCUUUACGGGCAGGAAAAGAAACGUGGAACACUGGAUUGGCCACGAGAACUUUGAACUGAUUAAUCAUGAUGUCGUAGAGCCCCUCUACAUUGAAGUGGACCAAAUUUACCACCUGGCCUCUCCAGCUUCCCCUCCAAAUUACAUGUAUAAUCCCAUCAAGACGCUAAAGACCAACACCAUAGGGACGCUGAACAUGUUGGGGUUAGCAAAACGUGUUGGAGCUCGGCUUCUUCUUGCAUCUACCUCUGAAGUAUAUGGAGAUCCUGAAGUUCACCCACAAAACGAAGAUUACUGGGGUCACGUGAAUCCCAUAGGACCUAGAGCAUGUUACGACGAAGGAAAGAGGGUUGCCGAAACAAUGUGCUAUGCCUAUAUGAAGCAGGAAGGCGUAGAAGUAAGAGUGGCAAGAAUAUUCAAUACUUUUGGCCCUCGGAUGCACAUGAACGAUGGCAGAGUUGUUAGCAACUUCAUUCUGCAGGCUCUUCAGGGAGAACCCUUAACUGUAUAUGGGCCUGGGACUCAAACCAGAGCAUUUCAGUAUGUCAGCGACCUUGUGAAUGGGCUGGUGGCCUUAAUGAACAGCAAUGUCAGCAGUCCUGUUAACUUGGGGAAUCCAGAAGAACACUCUAUUUUAGAGUUUGCCCAGUUAAUUAAGAAACUCGUUGGCAGCGGAAGUGAAAUCCAGUUUCUGUCAGAAGCUCAAGAUGACCCUCAGAAGAGGAAGCCUGACAUCAGGAAAGCCAAGUUACUACUUGGUUGGGAACCUGUGGUCCCGUUGGAAGAAGGUUUAAAUAAAGCAAUUCAUUACUUUCGCAAAGAAUUGGAAUAUCAAGCAAAUAAUCAAUAUAUUCCUAAACCAAAACCUGCCAGGAUAAAAAAAGGAAGAACCAGACACAACUAAAAACUCUUUAAGUCGGAAAGGAAUUGAAAACCUUUCCUUGUGUUUGAAAGGUGUAAUUUGUCUUUUGUUAAAAAGACUUCCGAAACAGGUAUCAUGAAGAAAAACUGGAAAUUUCACUCUGAAGCUUGCUUUAAAGAAGUGGAUGUGCCUAAAUAAGAAAACUGCAAUCUUUGCCUUGCACUUUUUAAAUCUGUCUUUUUAUGUAAAAUAGGAUAGAAGCAUCCUUUUUUUAGUAUCUUCAAGUUUUUAUAUCUUGCUGUGAGAUCAUUUUGUUGUGACUGUCCUUGACAGUUUUAUUUACUGGUUUCUUUGUGAAGCUGCAGAUGGGAUGGGAAAAUGCCAAUUUAUUUAUAAAAAGUGGGUACUUUAAAUGAGAGAUACUAUGCAUAAAGGAAAAAAAGAGCAAGCAGUAUUGUCAGAUGAUUGAAAACACUGGCAUCUAGUAUUAUAGGAUUAUAAUAAAAAGAAUUCUGUAUGAGAGCUUUAUGUAUUCUUUUGAAAUUGGGUUUUCUCCCCCCAAAUGUUUAGUUCUAGUUGCACACUUGAAUUUGAAAAUAUUUUCACUGACUUUCAUGGAUAAAUGCUAUUUUAAAUCACUACUGUGUUGUGCACAAUCUGGGGGAAAGUUAAUGUAUUAUUGGUUACCAGUGGUUGAAUAUGCUAUUUUAAUAAAAUAUUGAAACUUACAAA